GACUUUCCGGUUUACUACAAGAUAGGAAUUGAAGCAAUACGCUUUUGCCCUAUCAAGUUUUUGGCGCCAUUGCCAGGGACUGCCAUACCUUAUUUUUGUUGAUUUUUGUGAGUGAAAUAUUUUGAUAUGGGUGUUAGUGUGCAGGUGAAUUUUUUAGGUGUAUCCUCCUCGUGCAUGCCAAGGAGGGCGACCGACAAUUUACUGCCACUUGAUCCAGAGAUAGAGAGGACCUGCCGACAGAACAGGAAGCAGGUCAAGUUAGGGAAGCAGCCUACCACAACCACAAAUCCUAGCUCUUCCCUUACCAAGAAUCGUCAAACAGAGAGGGCAGGCUUCAUCACCCGUCGUCCUUACACCACCGACACCACCACCUCAUGACAUUGAGCCAGACAUCAUGGCAGACGAGGAUCGAUCAAUCAGGGCUCGUUUGAAUCGACGGACUGGAGCUCGAGCUUCAUGUGUUGUCAUUCCGGCUGGGGAUGCAACCAUGGAGAUUACCCUAGCAUUUAUCAACAUGAUCACCAAUGGAUAUACUUUCUCCGGGGCUAGCAAUGAGGAUCCUCACGAGCAUCUCCGCCGGUUCGCGAGCAUAUGUGAUACGAUGAAGAGCCCAACUAUGUCUGAUGAUGCAAUUCGUCUUCGGAUGUUCUCAUUCUCUCUGAUAGGGAAUGCAUCACACUGGUUUCAGAACUUAACACCACGUUCCAUCACGACAUGGGCUCAGCUUGAGAAGGUCUUUCUGGAUAAAUACUUCCCACCUGCCUUGGCAAUGAAGAGGCAAGAAGAGAUUGUUACUUUUAAGCAGGCUGAUGAUGGAGUCUGACUGAGGCAUGGGAGCGCUAUAAGGGGCUAUUAAUGAGAUGCCCAAGCCAUGGUCUUGAAGAUUGGAACGUGAUCAUUAUUUUCUUCAAUGGAAUCAGAAGGGAGUUUCGGGAUGCCCUAAAUAAUGCUUCUCGAAAUGGUUUCACAAGGAUGGAGGCUCCAGCAGCAUAUGAACUCAUAGAGAAGAUCUGUUCAGAAGCCAUUGAAUGGGAUAGUGAGACCAGUAUUCAAAGAAGAGGAGGCUUGCAUGAGAUAAACAGAGUUGCGAGUCUAGAAACCAAGAUAGAUGCUAAACUGGAUUCUAAGUUUGAUGCACUCGAACGAAGGCUGGCCAAGAUUUCUCUGGGUAGACAAGAGGAGGUUGUUUCAUGUGAACUUUGAGAGGGUCCUCAUCAUAGGGAUAUGUGUCCACUAGGAGCUGCUCAGUUGGAAGAUGUCCAAUAUAUCAAUAAUUCGCGAAGUCAAGG